AUGGAGCCAGAGCGUCGGCCCGCGGCGGCCGACCAUGCGGCGCCUGCGUCCAGAAGCGAAGCGGUUUCGGCUGCUGAGCGGACAGGUUACUUUACGCGGAUGCGCGCCACCCGCGCGCGGCCUGUAGAGACGCCCGCGCAGAUGAGCACGCCCCAAGCGGAACAAGGCGUGUUUGAGAACUUUAUGUUCGAUGACGAUCCGAACAAGCGCAUGGAGUGGCAGACGAUGCUGCGAUCUGUCCUCGAGAGCGAGGUGCUGAGCAGUGAGACGAAGCGCAUUGCGUCAGCGGACGAGAACGUGCCGUCGCCCGGCGAGUUCAUGUACCGCAUUUGGCUCAAGCUACGCGCGGUGCACUAUGGCAAUAUCGAAGGCAAGCUGGACGCGGAUAUGGAGCGGCAGGUGCUCAAAGAGAUCCAGCGCCAGGUCAUUCCCACCCUCAUUGACGAUAUCCUCGCGGCCCGCGAAUUUGGGGCCCCAGACGACUCGGAGCCCGCGACGCCCACGUCGAGCUCGGCGUCCUCGACGCCGACCGUGACGCGCACCGCGCCGACGUCGCCUGUAUCGAGCCGCGCCGAGAGCGAGGUGACGGUACAGGCGACGGCGAUCGAACGCGCCGCAGUGAUGGCCGAGGUCGAGGCGCUCCUGUCGCGCGUCGACGUGGCCGAGUCGCUCUUUCCUUCGCAGCGCCAAAUGGUCGCCGAGUACCCCGCGUGGGGCAGUCCAAAGGUGCAAAAGAAGCUUGCAGCGCUCUACUCGUGGUACAACGUGACGCGCUCCCUCCAGGCGCAAGUCAAGCUCUUGCCCAAAUGGACCGGCUCGCUGACCGAUCCCGGCGGCGUGGUGCGUGUGCCGUCCACUGGCUCGCUUGGUGAGCGGCGCGACGACCGCGACGGGGAGCGCAGCGACCAAGUCCUUGUCGAGGGCAUCUUUCGCGAGAGCAAUCUGCAGCAGACCUUUGAGCGCCGCACGCUCCGUGCACUGAAUCAGCUCGUGUUCAAAGCCAAGGAUGCCAUGGCCGAGCACCACGCGGCCUUCCGCAAGAUGCGCCUGCCGUCGUUUGAGCCGGACGUGCUGCCGCUCGUGCACUUUCCCAUGUGGCUCGCCGAAGGCGCGCUGCGCCAGCGUCUCGAGUACGCAGAUAAGCUCAAGGAGCCGAGCGUCGUGCUCGUCGAGUCACUUUCCGAGGACCUGCGCACGGCCAUCGCGCUGGCGUGCCGUAUCAAGCUGCAGUACACCGAAACCACCGUCUCGGAUCCGGAGCACGGAUGGGACUUGCCGAUCCAAGCCGACGACGCGUUCGACUCGACCGUGUGCUCGGCGCUCGUGUUCUUCUUCCGCCUGCUGCACUUUCGUCUCAAGAGUGCAAUCUACUUUAAAGAGGUCGACCUGCUCGAGCCGGAAUGGGACUUUUUGUGCUCGGCUGUAAAGGUGAUUCCGGGCGGCGACGCGAUCGUCGCCCACAAGACAGCGUACAUGGUCAACCGGCUCUUUGUGCGCAUCAUCACCUACUUCCAGCGCGAGCUGCAGGCGCCGAGCGCGGGGCACGUCCUCUCGCCCAAGGCCGCCACGCGCUCCGCGCAGCAAGGGCCGAGCACCGGCGGGCGCCUCACCGAGGGACGCGUCGCGAUGAGCCUCCAGGAAAUGACGCGUUGGAUCCACACCGUGUUCAACACGGAGCGUGUGCGCUCGCGCAAGCUGAUCGGUUUUGCACGCAAGGUGCGCUCGCGCCUCGAGAACGCUGCCGAGUACGACCUGCGCUCGCUCAAAGUGCGCUCGGACGCAGGAAGCGACAGCACGCCGUCGACGCAGUACGAUCUGCACCGAUUCCUGCAGACGCUGCUACACGCCGACUACUUCCUCGUGUACACGUCUACGUUUGAGGAGCGCGGUAUUUACGUGCUCGCCGACCCGAGUCUGCACGACCAGCCGGAUAGUAUCCAGGAGCUGAUGUUUACAUGUAUCCGGCAGACGCGGCGUGUAUCGCGGCGGCGCGACGACGGGCUGCAUCCCGAUACGCCGACGCGCCUGCGCCACCGGACGCGUCCUCCGCCGAGCUACCUUUUGUUGUUGAGCCCUCGCGAGCCGUUCCUGUGGACGGGGCGCGUGAUGACGCUCCCCCUCCCCUGGAUUAAUGUCGAUCUCAAAGAGCAGCGGCUGCGUCUUGUCGCCGACGGCACACACGACCGCCUGCACAUGUGCAAGAACCACUUCCAGUGGCAGUUUGCUUCGGCGAGCACGCGCAGCGUCCAGGACUACAGCAGUCCGCCUCCCUCUGGCGUCUUUCCGCUCACGACGGUGUACGAACAGAUGGCGCACUUGAGCAUGAUCCAGCACGAGCUCAAACUGAUGAACAAGGGCGGGUAUGUGCUCACCGAUACGGUGCUGCACGCCGUGCCGGCCAUCCGCCGGCAGAUGGUGCGUCUGCGCUCGCCCGCGCCCAUGUCGCCGAUCGAGGCGAGUCCCGUGGACCGUGCGAGUUGCGACGAGUUGGUGCAGACGUGCUUCGGCAUCGCCGUCGACCAAGGUGCGCGUGCGCUCGUGUACAUGGAGUCGACGCGUCUGCGUUCGCAGAUUUCCGCGGCGCUCGCGCAGCUCGCGAUCGAGUGGAUCUCGUUCAUCUGCGACGACUGCGUGUUGACGGAGCGCAAGACGUUCAAGUGGGCCGUCGCUGCGUUGGAAAAUGCGAUGCAGAUGACGCGUGGCGAAAAGAUCUUUUUGCUGAACGAGAACGAGUACAACCUGCUCAAGGGCAAGGUAUCGAGCUGCAUUGCUUUGCUCAUCUCGCACUUUGACAUUCUCGGUGCAAGGUCGACUGCGGCGCAGGCCGAGGAAGAGCAGAAACGGUUCGAGCGCAAGAAACUCGCGCGCGCGCGCGAGUGCGAGUUGCAGAUCGUCAAUGAGCCUGCGACGCUCGAAGACAAGGUGGCGGCACGCCGUCUUGCGAGCUGUGCGAUGCACGACGAGGAGCGGCAAAACAACCUGAACGAGCGGCGCGCCGUCGGCCGCGUGCUCGACGAUACGCUGCUCGAGGACCGCGGCCUGCAGCUGCUUGCCUCGAAGGGCGUGCAGAUGCGCUGGCAGCAAGGCCGCUUUAUCGGCGGCGGCACAUUUGGCACCGUGUACCUUGCGGUGAACCUCGACACGGGUGGGCUGAUGGCCGUCAAAGAGAUCCGUUUCCAGGAGCUGUCAUCUACCCCGUCGCUCUACAAGCAGAUCCACGACGAGAUGAAUGUCAUGGAGAUGCUGCGGCACCCCAACAUUGUCGAGUACUACGGCAUCGAGGUGCACCGCGACAAGGUUUACAUCUUUGAAGAGUACUGUCAAGGCGGCAGCAUGGCGCAGCUCCUCGAGCAUGGCCGCAUCGAGGACGAGAUCGUGCUCCAGGUCUAUUCGCUGCAGAUGCUCGACGGCUUGAUGUACUUGCACUCGAAAGGCGUCGUGCACCGCGACAUCAAGCCCGAGAAUAUUCUGCUUGACCACAUGGGCGUUAUCAAGUUUGUCGACUUUGGUGCCGCCAAGGUGCUCUCAAGCAGCUCGCGCACCGUGCAGCGCUCGCGCAAGGCCGGUGUCCUGCCGGUCGGCGGCGGGAUGGACGCGGCCGGGCAGAGUCUCCAAGGCACGCCGAUGUACAUGUCGCCCGAGGUCAUCAAAGGCGAGCAAAACGGGCGCCAAGGCGCGAUGGACGUCUGGAGUUUGGGGUGUGUCAUCCUCGAGUGUGCCACUGGCUCGCGGCCCUGGUCGCACCUUGACAACGAGUGGGCGAUCAUGUUCCACAUCGGCAUGGCGCAGCAGCACCCCCCGUUGCCGGAUGAGACGCAACUCUCUGCGCUCGGCAUCGACUUUAUCCGGCAGUGCCUGAUUAUCGACCCGUUCGAGCGCCCGACGGCCAUCGAGCUGCGUGGCCACGCGUGGAUCCGCGAGCUGGUCGAUGAGCUGAACGCCGAAGGCGAGCUCGAUGGCGCCGAGCCCGGCGCGCCCGAGGCUGCGGAAGAGGUCGCUGAGGAGCACGAAGAAGAAGAGCCUAUGCCGAUCCGGCCACCGAGCGCUGCGUUGCGCACCGAGCGCUUCGACCAGAAGCACUAUGCGCGCGCGCAGCAAGAAGCCAGCCGCGAGCUGCGCCAACAGCGCGACCCUGUGCCGGAGCUUGACCUGGAGCACGACUCCGACGCGAGCGGCCAGCUGGUGCCGGGCCACCCCGACCACAGCCACCCCGGCUACGAGGCGCUGAUUGCCGACAAGCAGUACCGCAAAGAGGAGGAGGAGAUCAAGGCGAUGCUCGAGCCCGAUUCACCAUACUCGACCGCCUAG